AGCGGAGACUGAAUCUAGGGGCAAGGCGAGUUCAGAUCCUAUGGAGAAACACUGGGGACAGAGGGGAGGAGCAAACUAACUGCUCUGCACAGCUUAUGUGCCAGCAUAUUGAAUUAAUGCUCAGCGCACUGUUGAGCUCCGAGGCUGCAGCUCAUCGGACCACUAGAUGUACUCUGACUUUUACCUGUGCAGCUGAUCCACCGAGGCACGCUGCAGAAACAAGCUGGGAGAAAAGCAACAAGACUUCCGGUAGCCUUUUUGUGUCUGUGUCUCAACUUGGAACUUGUCAGAGAGCGUCAGUCUAAGGUGUCAACAUGCUGGAACAGGUUCUGUCAUUCGGCCGCUCCUUGGUGCGAAGGAAAGUGGUUGACAUGAACAGCCUGGAGGACUCCAAGCUCUGCCGCUGCCUGGGAACCGUCGACCUCAUUGCCCUGGGGGUGGGCAGCACUCUGGGCGCCGGCGUCUACGUCCUGGCUGGAGAGGUGGCCAAGGGAGACUCUGGCCCUAGCAUCGUCAUCUCCUUCCUAAUCGCUGCCCUCGCCUCCGUCAUGGCCGGCCUGUGCUACGCCGAGUUUGGCGCCCGCGUCCCAAAGACCGGCUCUGCCUACCUUUACAGUUACGUGACAGUAGGGGAGAUCUGGGCCUUCAUCACCGGCUGGAACCUAAUCCUCUCUUACGUUAUUGGGACCUCCUCAGUCGCCAGAGCGUGGAGUGGCACGUUCGACGAAAUGAUAGGAGGACACAUAGAGAGAUUCUGUAAAACCUACUUCAGCAUGAACGCUCCUGGUCUGGCUCAGUACCCUGACUUCUUCGCUGUCUGCCUGAUUCUGCUACUUUCUGGACUCCUGUCGUUCGGAGUGAAGGAGUCAGCCUGGGUCAAUAAAAUCUUCACUGCGGUCAACGUGCUCGUGCUCCUGUUCGUCAUCGUCUCCGGCUUCGUCAAAGGGGACACGCAAAACUGGCAGAUAAGCGAAGAGUCCCUUGUGAAUGUCACUGUAGUCAGAAGGAACUUGUCAGCGACGGCCAACGUCAGCAGUGAUUACGGAGCCGGAGGAUUCAUGCCUUAUGGUUUCAGCGGGACCUUAGCCGGUGCUGCCACCUGCUUCUACGCUUUCGUUGGUUUCGACUGCAUCGCAACAACAGGCGAGGAGGUGAGGAACCCUCAGAGGGCCAUUCCCAUUGGGAUCGUGGUUUCGCUGACUGUGUGCUUCCUGGCGUACUUUGGUGUGUCGGCCGCCCUCACCCUGAUGAUGCCCUACUACCUGCUGGAUGAAAAGAGCCCUCUGCCCAUGGCCUUUGAAUACGUGGGCUGGAGUCCUGCCAAAUAUGUAGUCGCUGUGGGUUCACUGUGUGCCCUCUCCACCAGUCUGCUGGGCUCCAUUUUCCCUAUGCCCCGUGUAAUCUAUGCUAUGGCACAGGAUGGGGUGCUUUUCAAAGCCUUAGCCCGAAUCAAUCCUAAGACGAAGACCCCACUUAUUGCCACUAUGACCUCCGGUGUAGUUGCAGCCAUCAUGGCUUUCCUGUUUGACCUGAAAGCCCUGGUGGACAUGAUGUCCAUCGGAACUCUGCUGGCCUACUCGCUGGUUGCUGUGUGUGUACUCAUUCUCAGGUACCAGCCAGAUAUCACUCUGGCGCGGCAGGCAGGUAAAGGUGAGAGGGACUACCUGUCAUCCGAACACGGUGAGUCGGACUUGACAGAGUCAGAGUCCCACCUCAACAUGUUGAAAAGUGGCGGCUCCAGCCUCCAGACCGUCCUGCAUCCUCCCGUCUCACCUACUGAGCAAUCGUCCAGUGUCGUCAACAUGUCAAUCUGCGUGCUGGUGCUUGUAGUGUGCGUGGUCAGCUACCUCACCACGUACCACAUUGGCUGCAUCCUUGACGUGCAAGUGUGGAUCCUGGCGCUGCUGUCCGCGUGUCUCCUCGUCUUCUCCGGCUGCGUCUUCAUGGUCUGCAGGCAGCCUCAGACCAGCAAGAAGGUCUCCUUCAUGGUGCCCCUUCUGCCUUUCCUGCCUAUUCUGAGUAUAUUCGUCAAUAUUUACCUCAUGGUUCAGCUGAGUGGAGACACCUGGAUACGUUUCUCUGUGUGGAUGGCAGUAGGCUUUCUGAUCUACUUUGGCUACGGCAUGUGGCACAGCGUGGAGCGCCAGCGCCAACUCCAGGGCGCUCAGGGCUCAGGCAGCAGCGCCCAGGAAGACGGGAAGGACGGCGUAGGCGCAGAAGGAAAGGACCAGGAGCGUUUCAUCUGCCCAGAGAAGACCAGCCAGUUUUAAAGUUUCAUCCACAGACUCUGUGAGGCGACAGAUGCAUAAAAGCACACAGCAGCUAUGCCUUGAUGCACCUGUACACACAGCUUCACCAUGUGUGCUUUGCUCACGUGCGCAUUCAGUCUGCGCAGGCAGCGCCGGUAUACUGUAUGAGCGGCCACGUGAUGAGGGCCCGCUCUAUAUCUGCGAUGGGACCACGUCCUGUCGGCCACAUUGUGCUUUACGGACAGCGUGGGGUUGAACGGACAGGUAACACACUGGAGGGUGAUGUUCAUUUCCUUUAACACUGAAGCAGUCAAAGCACGGCUGCAGCUUUUCUGUUUUCUUCAUGGACUUGGGUUUGUACUGCAUGGCACACAUUUCUUCUGUUAAUUUUUACAUUUUAAGCAGGUUUGCACAGGCGUUUUUUUUUUAAUGUGUGUUUCUUAUAAGGGUGCUGGAAAAGGACCAAGGUUAAAGAUGCAUUGUUUAUCAACUAAUCUAGAUAUAUACUGUAUAUUUUACAUCAUUUUUGAGCAUUAUUUCAUAUGCAUACGUGUGAAACUCACAUCUGUAUACAAAAUCAUGAAGAUAUUUAGACCAACGUGCAUGUCAUGUAGUUUUGUAUUCACUUUGACUCAGCCUAAAGUUAAACGAAGGCCACUGGAAAUGUUUUUGCCUUGUGUCGUGUAACAAAUCAUGUAAAUCUUUACUGUAGUUAGUGAAAUCUUUGUGGUUUGUGCAUCUUGUUUUGACUUUGACUCGUAGACUGUAAAUAAAGAUGGACACUGAACUGCACCACAAAAGUGAAGCCAAAGUCGGUAGAGCUCCCCCUGGUGUCUGGCUGCAGUUUAGGUCAUAAGCUCCACCUCCUACAUGUUAGUGGAUGGGCUAAAUUAAAACACUAAAAUACAUGUCAAUUUUUUAUUUUUUUUCUAGGGAUGAUUUCUGUCAAUUUAGGUAGUUAAUAUAAUGUCAAUGCAUGUUCAAGCGUUAAUUUUUCUGCCAAGUUCAGUUUUAGUUAGUUAUUUGACGCUAGCAACAGGGAGUAGUCCAACAUUUCCUUGUAACUGGUGGAGAUGGAGAACAGGAUUAAUUAAAUAUCUGGGGGAAGUGUGGGUGAGUAAUCGAUAACGAGGCUCCUCAUGGCUCCACCCUUGCAAAUACUUGGGAAAAUAGCCUCAGUCUGGCCAAAGCAAGGGAGUCCAUAUUUAUAUACAGUCUAUGCUCCGACCUGUUACAUUCUGUACAGAAAGAUUGUGAUUUGAUACAGGACUCAGAAACUAUGUGGUUUCGUUUUUCUCUCUGUCAUAUUUUCCUGUUUGUUAAAUAUUCUGUGCUAAUUGGAAACAGUUGCAGACAUGUUAAUAUAUCAUUGAGGUGGGAAGAGAUUCUAUCAAUGUUUCCAUUGUCUCCCAUGUGCUGGUGUUUCGCUCAAUGAGCUCGGGGCUAUAACAGAAAACUUGCUUGGUGGCUGAUCUGCGCUACCAGUGUUUAAUACCAUCUGCUGUGGAGGGAUGUGUUCAGCGGUCGAAAUAAGUGUGGAACAAAUACAGGAGCGUUUCUCAGCAGGAGUCUAUUCUACUACACUGAACCUCGACACUGACAAGCGUCGAGUCUCCCAUCGUGGUUACAGGAUAUGUAGUGUAGAAAUAGAAAUAGAAACAUAGUGCCACUCGCUGCCUUUCACAAACACAACAAAAUAAAAUGUGUUUUCCAGUAA